GCCUUGCCAGAAGGAGGAAGGUUGCGGGGAAGGAAGGAGGGAGGAGACAGUCUGCUGCGAAGGUGAAUGGAGCUGGGAGCUUCCUUCCCUCCUUCGAGAAAGCCCUCCCCUCCCUUUCUGACAGUCUUUCCCUCCCUCCUUUUGGCAGAAGGAGAAACCCAGGGCAGGAGGAGGAUGAGGAGGACGAGGAGGAGUUGAAGGCAUCACCAUCAUCCUCAUCAGAGAGGGAGCCCGGCAAAGAACGGCUGCUGGUUUCUCCCUCCUUCUGGCUGCGGGAGGGGUCCUUCCUUCUUCGUCAUCCCCUUCCUCCCUCCCUCCCUCCUUCCAGUGCGGCUCAUUCCUGGCUCUGGGAAGGAUGAGUCCCAGGUCUGAGGAGCCACAGCAGCCACCGCCGCAGCCCUGCCCUCCCACCUCCACGCAGGAGAGAAUCCCUUCCCUUCCUCGCCCCGCCAAGGAAGCAUGAGCUUCGGGACCACAGGCUGAAGAAGAAGAAGAAGAAGCAGCUGCAGAAGGAGCUGGCGCUGAGGCAUUGCACACACAGUCUCUGCAGAUGUGUGCGCUUCGUUUUCCAGGCACAUAGAUAUCUCUCCGGUUUGAAUAAAAAGAGAUGUUUACUGCGCUGUCCCGCCAGCCCUGUGAACAAACAGGUUUCCGAGUCCUGUACAAAAUGCCCACCAUUGUCACUUUCAUCUUUCUUCUAUUAAGUAUUGCAGUUAUUGUUACUAUUACUCUUGUCCAGUGGAAACAGAAAGAGGUCAUUUCUCCAGGUGUGAAGUAUGGAAUCGUGCUGGAUGCUGGGUCAUCGCGAACAACAGUCUACGUGUAUGAAUGGCCGGCAGAAAAAGAAAAUAAUACCGGUGUCGUAAGUCAGACCUUCAAGUGCAAUGUUAAAGGUCCAGGGAUAUCUAGUUAUGGAAGUAACCCUCAAGAAAUUGCUACACCCAUCAAUGACUGUAUUAAUAAAGUCAAGGAAAAAAUUCCUUUUCAUUUACAUGGAAGCACACCUGUGUACCUGGGAGCCACAGCUGGCAUGAGACUUCUGAGGUUGCAAAAUGAAUCAGCAGCCAGUGAAGUCCUUGAGAGCAUUCAAAACUACUUCACAUCCCAGCCCUUUGAAUUUAGGGGUGCUCAAAUCAUAACUGGGCAAGAGGAAGGGGUGUAUGGAUGGAUUACAGCCAACUAUUUAAAGGGCAAUUUCUUGGAGAGAAGCAUUUUGAGCGCUUGGGUCCAUCCUCACGGAGCAGAGACUACAGGUGCACUAGAUCUAGGCGGCGCCUCCACCCAGAUAUCGUUUAUCCCUGAAGAAACUACUGAAACAUUCAACAGCACGCUACAAGUGCAGCUUUAUGGCUAUCCAUAUAAUGUGUAUACACACAGUUUCCAGUGUUAUGGAAGAGAUGAAGCAGAGAAAAAAAUGCUGGCAUCCAUACUACAGAAAUCACGUGAUAAAGCCAGAAUUGAGAACCCAUGCUAUCCUCAGAAUUACAAAACUGUUUUAACCAUGAAGCACUUGUAUGGAAGCCUCUGCACUGCACAUCUGAGACCAGAAAGCUACAAUCUAAGCCAUUCUAUAAAUGUCAUAGGAACUGGCAAUCCAGCUGUCUGCAGAGAGACAGUAUCUCUGCUAUUUGAUUUUACAUCUUGCAGAGACAGGGAAGACUGUUCAUUUGAUGGAAUUUACCAGCCAAAGAUUAAAGGGAAUUUUGUGGCCUUUUCAGGAUAUUACUACACUGUCAACGCUUUGAAUUUAACUGGACAGUUUUCUCUGGCUGAUUUCAAUUCAAGCAUGUGGACAUUCUGCUCACAGAGUUGGAACCAGAUUCCAUUUAUGUUACCUAAAUUUGAUGAAACAUAUGCAAGAUCAUACUGCUUUUCGGCAAACUACAUCUACCACCUACUUAUACAUGGGUAUAAAUUCAAUGCAGAGAACUGGCCUCUGAUACACUUUCAGAAGGAAGUUGGUAACAGCAGCAUAGCUUGGUCAUUAGGCUACAUGCUUAGCCUCACAAACAUGAUUCCUGCAGAGAGCAAUAGGAUUUGGUUCCCCAUGAAUCCCUCUCUGUUUGCUGGACUGCUUCUCUUCUUCACAGCAGUGGCAUUGCUGUGUCUAAUUUUCCUGGUGUAUUCAUGUGUUGUGUCACGCAUGCAAAAGAAUUCUUGUCAUGUUGAACAUGUAUUUGCAGAAUAAACCAGUCUCAUGGGGAA